AUGAUUCAAAAGCAUCCAUCACUUCAUACAGCACUCUUCUUCCACUCUGAAAAACAGCAACUUAUGCAACAUAUCACUGCGCUCGAUGAUCGAAACAACCAAAUGCACUUCCCAUUCAUCGUAAGUUCUUAUGAAAACGAUCAACAACUGCUAGAGGUCAUCGUCAGCGCAAACAAUAAUCCGCAAUUAUUCGAUUUAGCUCGAGGUCUUGUUUUUCGAUGCCACCUUAUUUGUUAUCAACAUACUCCAGCUGACAAUGACGAGCUCCUGUCAGACAAAGAUCUUCUCAUUUUCCAUUUUCAUAAAGCUUUCUUUGAUUUGCAAUCGUUGGAUAUCUUUUUACAUGAUCUCAACCAAGCAUAUGCUGAAAGUCAAUCAUAUUUGCGUGAUGAAAACCAUGAAACUACUUUUCGUUAUCUUGAUUAUGCUGUCAUUGAGCAGCAAAUGCCAAUGAGUGGCGCAAGAUUCUUUUGGCUUGAUUCGCUUCAUAAUUGUCAACUGGAUCAACCUCUGGCAUUACCUUAUGAUCGAUAUCGCCUUUCCAAUCAGCAGCGAACGGAUCAUGCAAUAUCUUUCACUUUCGACUUUGAUCCAUAUCUUGCGCAUGAGAUUUGCACCUAUGCUUCAGGGGAAAAUAUUCCACUCGAACACCUCAUUCUUUCGCUCUAUUUCCUCUUUCUCUUGAAAAUCACCAAUAGACAAAAUGAGCUCUGCAUUGCCAUUGAUACACAUGGUCGAUAUCGACCUGAACUCAACUCAAUCAUUGGAUUGUUUGGCAAUAUUAUUCCUCUUCGAUGUCAACUUCAUGCUCAUUGGUCAUUCAUUCAACUCGCUCAUCAUGUGUAUAAGACGGCAAUGGAUUCAAUUAAGUAUUCAUAUUAUCCACUUCAGCACAUUCUCAAGCAACAUUCUCAUAUAUCACAUUUUGCAUUUCUUCAUACAUCAUUCGAAUUUCUGAAUUGUUCUGUCAAAAAUAAGCACGGAAGUGAGAUCAUAGUCGGCGAUAGCCGACUUUCACUCAUGCCUUUAUCAACUCAUACAAAAGAAAAUGAAACAAUAAAUGAAUUGGAUUUCAUUGGCAGUUUUAUACAUAAUCCAAUGACAAAUAAAUUGUCAUGCACAAUCAAUGCAUCGCUUGACUUAUUCACUCAUGAAACGAUUCAAAUGAUAACACAACGAUUUCACUUCAUGCUGAGUAAUUUAUUUUCAUCAGAUGAUGCUCAUCGGCUCGACAUACCCGUCUGUGAGUUACCAUUAGCGAUGCCUUAUGAACAGCUUAUUCUUCAAUCAUUGGAAAACACACAAAUCUUGCCGUCUUCUACUCUCACUCAGCUUUGUAUUCAUCAGAUAUUUGCCAACCAAGUGAUGAAGCAUCCGCAAAAAAUAGCAGUUGAACUAGAUGAACAGUCGUUGACAUACACUGAAUUGUUACAUUCUGCUCAAGUCGCAUCAUUACAUCUGACUAAUCAUAAAUCAGUUGUUGUAGGUGAUAUUGUUUGUCAAUGUGUCGAACGAAGUAUCACAAUGGUAAUCGGUUUAAUAGCACUAGAGAUGGUGGGUGUUGCUUACUGCCCCUUGUCGCCUCGAGAUCCUCCUCGUCGCCUACAAUCCCUUGCAAAACAAACAGCAAGUCGCAUUGUUCUUGUUCAUUGGUUGACGAAGGACAACUUUGAUAAGAACACUGCUUUAUUAGAUAUUGAGACACUCUUACUAGGCAAUGCUCACGUUGAAAAUCACGAGAAUUUUGAUUCAUUAUCGGAAAUAGGUGUCAAGCCAGACGAUAUAGCUUAUGUUAUCUUUACAAGUGGAUCAACAGGAAUACCAAAAGCAGCCAAAGUUUCUCAAAAGAAUUUUAUCGAGUGUAUAAAAUCAUUAACUCAGAUCAAUUCGUUCAAUAAUAAUGACACUGCCAUCCAAAUGGCGCGAUGUUCGUUUGACAUUCAUGUGCAAGAAAUACUAGGCUUACUGAUCGUUGGGGCAACUUUAGUGAUGCUUCAUCCGCAUGGAACGUUGGAUUUUCAUUAUCUGAACGUUGUUUUACAUGCAAAACAAAUCUCAUAUAUGCAUACAGUACCCAGUUUGCUCUAUAGCUUUUUCGCUUAUGUGCAGCAGACGGAUACCAUGGAAGAUUACUUUUAUAUCCGAACAUUAUGUAGCAUUGGUGAACCGUUCUCUACCAACUUAGUUGAUAUUUUGAGAAAAUUUGAUAUGUCUCAACUUGUUGUACUGAAUCUUUACGGUCCAGCCGAAACAACUAUUGCUUGUACAUGGCAUGCUGUUAAUCUUAUCGAAGACUACAAAAGUGUUCCGAUUGGCCUACCUCUUCCCGGAUAUCGAUGUUUGAUCUUAGACGAAUUCCAUCAACCAGCUGCCAUUAAUGAAGAAGGAGAAUUAAUUGUUGGCGGCACUGGUGUUUUUCUUGGAUAUCUUCAUCGUGAUGAUUUAACUUCGAAAGCACUAAUCUUCAUUGAUAAUGAAUUAUUCUAUCGAACAGGAGACCUUGCGCAUCUUGAUCACAACGGUUUUAUUUAUUAUCGAGGAAGAAAGGACCAUCAAGUCAAACUGCAUGGCCAACGUAUUGAGUUGGGAGAAAUAGAACACUGUCUUUUAUUGAUUUCAUCGAUUUCAGCUUGUAUUGUCACGAAAUGGACUGAUGAUCAUCUUAUUGCAUACAUUCAAAGUUUAUCUGUUAAUGAAGCAAGACUCCGUGAUCACUGUCAAGCACAUCUUCCAUCACACAUGAUUCCAUCAUAUUUUAUAGUUCUUGAUAAAUUACCAUUGAAUGCAAACGGAAAAAUUGAUCGAAAGAGUCUUCCUAUACCUCAGUUUUCCUUAUCAUCUGUUCCUGGCGAAGUUGAAUUCAAACUACCAAGUAAUGAAAUAGAAACCAUUAUUCAUAAUAUUUGCUGCAAUAUAUUUCAACAAAAACGCAUUUCGAUCAAUACAAAUCUUUUCACGCUCGGUGCUCAUUCUCUACUCGUGAUGCAACUCUUUCAUCGAUAUAAAGCUCACUUUCAAUUACGUUCAAAUUCGUUUUCUAUCAUUGAUCUUUUUCAAUAUCCAACUAUUUAUCACCAUAGCCAAAUCAUUCAUCAAAGUCUGGACAUGACACAAACAACGCAUGACUCAGCUUGGCUUUCACUCCAUUUAACUCAGGCAAAAGCAUCCUAUGCACAAGAGCGCAUCUUCUUAGAUGAACAAAUUCGUUUUACGUCGCAAACGAAUAAUCAUAACAUGUAUGCUAUUCCAUUGUUAUAUCGUAUUUCGUCUUCCAGUCAUCGUGUGUCAUUAUCACGGUUGCAUCAGGCCUUACAAAAUAUCAUUACAAAACAUUGUGUUCUGCAAACAUCCCUUUAUUUGGACGCAAAUGGAAUUCUUAUACAAGAUUGCUCUGAGAAAAAGUCAUUUUCAUUUUCAAUCGUUGAUCUUCUUCAAUAUAAAAGUUGUUCAAUAUAUGAAGUUGUGAAAAGCAUUAUGGAUCAAUCAAGUUUAUUUGAUUUAUCAACAGGCAAAAUCAUUAAUUGUCAUAUUCUCCGUUCUCAUCGAUCAUUAUCAUCGCCGGCCCGUCAAAGCAAUAAUCACAGCGCUGAGAACAAUGAUGAUCUGUUGAAUACAAAUGAUCUGAUCUUAUUCACUAUUCAUCACGCAUUCUUUGAUGGAACAUCAACAGCAAUCUUUAUUCGUGAUCUUUCUCUUGCUUAUUCAACAAAUAAUUUUUCUCCUUUAUCCUCACGUCAAGACUCAACACUUCAAUACAUCGAUUAUUCAGUUCAUGAGUGUCUCAUCGACAUGACGACAUCUCAACAGUUCUGGUCUUCACACCUGCAUGGAUUCAAUUUUCACCAUCAGAAUCCUUUCUUAUUAUGUGCAGAUCGAAAGCGGCUAUCGUCGUCAACAACUGUUCUCAAUCAACGAUCGGGCUCGGCAACAAUUGCUUCAAUUUCAUUCAACCAACAACUAUCCACAUCAUUUAUCAACUAUGCAUCUCAACAACAUCUUACACUGUUUCAACUUGCUCUAGCAACAUUCUAUGUGUUUCUUUUUCGGUUAUCUCACUACCGAACUGAUCUAUGUAUUGCUUCGGUUAAUGCAAAUCGCUACAGAUCUGAGUUACAAGAUAUGAUUGGUAUGUUUGUUGCAACGUUACCCUAUCGUCUUCAAUUUGAUCAAAAUUGUUCAUUCAGUGAACUUGUUCGGCAAGUUCAACAUCAGUGUCUAUCAAUUCUUCCACAUUCUUAUUACCCACUACAACAUCUACUAGCUGAUUUAAAUCUUAAUCAAUCAAGUGUUUCAUUCCUUGAAAUAAUGUUUGAUUUCAUUACUAUUUCAUCUGGUCAUAGUUCAUUUUGUUUGGAUGAAACACCAUUAGAACUAAUAUCAUUGGAACAAUCGUAUCGAGUGGCUAAAUUCGAUUUUUCAUUGCACUUCGCGUACGAUAGUACAGCGCCGGAUGAUAAACAAUUAUCUUGUGUAUUUAUUUGCUCAGCUGAUUUAUUCGAUGAAAAUACAAUCAAACAAACAAGUGAACGAUUUCAAUAUCUUUUCGAACAAUUGUUUUCAUCGCAAGAAGGAAUGGAAACACGAAAUAUGUUUGACAUGUCUAUAUCAUUAUUUAAUCUUAUUCUACCAGAAGAAGCAAGAGAAAUCGAUAAUGAUAUGUUUGGUCGACAAGACGAUAUGAUAAAUGAAGCUGAUUUAUUCGAUGAAAAUGCAAUCAAACAAACAAGUGAACGAUUUCAAUAUCUUUUCGAACAAUUGUUUUCAUCGCAAGAAGGAAUGGAAACACGAAAUAUGUUUGACAUGUCUAUAUCAUUAUUUAAUCUAAUUCUACCAGAAGAAGCAAGAGAAAUCGAUAAUGUUAUGUUUGGUCGACAAGACGAUGUGAUAAAUGAAGCACCCGCAUCGUCUGCACAAGCACGCAUUUGGCUCGAAGACACAAAAUCAGAAAUUGCAACUCAUCACAUACCCUUCGUCUAUCGUUUAGCUACGUCUAGUACAAUAUCAACUAAACAACUCGAAAAUGCUCUUCAAGUAUGUGUUAUGAGACAUCAGUCACUUCAUACAUCACUGAACUUCGACACAGAAAAAGAUCAACUAAUACAACGAGUUACAGAUUUGCAUGAGAACCACAAUCGAUUGUUUGCGUUCAUCGAAAGUACUUAUGAAACAGAGGAACAACUAGAUAAUACUAUACAUGAAGAAAAAUAUAAUUCACAACUUUUUCAUCUUACACGUGGACUUGUCUUUCGUUGUCACGUUGUUUAUCACAAAGAAAGGUCUUCCAAUGAAUAUCUUUCUCACAAUGAUGUUCUUAUUUUCAAUUUUCACCAUGCUGUGUUUGAUCUUCAAUCAAUGAAUUUGUUUCUUGAUGAUCUUAAUCAAGCUUAUACAACAGGCCAACUACCAACAAAUGAUAAUAAUACUUUACGUUAUCUUGAUUAUGCCAUCAUCGAACAGCAAAUGUCAAUGAAUGGCGCUAGUAGUUUUUGGUUUGAUGCUCUUUGUGAUUGUAAACUUGAUCAGCCUUUAUCAUUACCAUAUGACCAGCAUCGACUUAUGGAUGAAGAUCGAACAAAUCAUACAGUAUCCAUUUCUUUUGAUUUUGAUCAAGAUUUAUCAUAUCAUUUUCUCACAUACGCAUCGUUAUAUAAUGUUACACUAGAACAACUAGUACUUGCUAUGUAUUAUGCUUUUUUAUUUAAAAUAACUAACAGCGAAAACGAUCUAUGUAUUGGAAAAAGUAUCGAUGGCCGAUAUAGGAAUGAAUUAAAAUCAAUCAUUGGGACAUUUGAUAGUAUUAUUCCUCUACGAUGUAAACUCUGUCCUUAUGGAUCUUGUCAUCAACUAAUCGAAUAUGUUAAAGAGAUGUUAACAAAUAGUAUGAAAUUCUCUUAUUUUCCUCUGCAACGUAUUUUUAAUCAGCAUUCCAGUGUUUCGGAGCCCGCAACUCUUAACACAGCAUUCCAGUUUCUAUCACACACAUUGAAUGUGGUCGAAAAUGAACCAAUCAUUAAUAAUAGUCGACUUUCUUUGAUGCCCCUUACCAUGCAAAUGUAUGAUAAUGAAAUGAUGAGAAAGUUUGAUUUAGUUUUCAAAAUUGAACAUGCUCGCGAUACUAAUCAAGUUUCAUGUACAAUCAACGCAUCACGUGAUGUAUUCAAAGUAGAAACAGUUCAUAUCAUUGGACAACAGUAUCAUUCCAUGUUGAAGCGACUAUUUGCAUCUAUUAAUGAUCAAAAAUUGAACAUAUCCGUUUGUGAAUUGUCCUUACAACUGCCAGACGAGCAAAUCCUCACACAAUCUAUAAACCAUACACAAACACUAUUUUCUUCUAUGAAUUGCGUACACCAAGAGUUUUCAUAUCAAGUAGUAAAGUAUCCACAAAAAUUAUCAGUCGAACUUGAUGAACAAUCGUUGACAUAUGCUGAAUUAUUACAUUAUGCUCAAAUAUUAUCUUUAUAUCUUUUGAAGAAAUACUCUGUAAAAUCAGAUGAUAUAAUUUGUCAAUGUGUCGAUAGAAGUUUAUCGAUGGUCAUUGGUAUGAUGGCGAUUGAAAUGGUUGGUUGUGUCUAUUGCCCACUAUCAACUAAAGAUCCACAACACCGUCUGGCCUCACUUCUACAACAGACUCAAGCGAAUAUCGUCCUCGUUCAUUCUCUCACUGCGAAUAAAUUUCAUAAUGACGUCACUUCAAUAGAUAUUGAUGCGACCUUUGUUGACAGUCACAUGGAAACUAAUAUUGAUUUUGAGCAAUUAUCAAAUGUAACCGUGACGCUAAGCAAUCGUGCCUAUGUUAUUUUUACUAGUGGUUCAACCGGAAUACCAAAAGCGGUUGAAAUUCAGCAUCGUAAUUUUAUUGGAUGUAUUCGAUCCCUACUUCAUAUUGGUUUAUAUACAUUUCAAGACACAGUAAUACAGAUGGCAAGCUGUUCAUACGAUGUUCAUGUGCAAGAAGUAUUAGGAACAUUAAUCCUCGGUGCGAAUCUUGUAUUUCUACACCCUGAAGGAAACAUGGAUGUAGAAUACGUUGUAAAAAUUUUGAAGGAGAAGCAAAUUACAUACAUGCAAAGUGUUCCAGCGUAUCUCAACAAUAUGUGCGAUUUUCUCCUGAAAAAUGAUCAUCCAAAAUUGGAAACAUUACGAACUCUUGAUAUCGGCGGCGACAAAAGUACAGUUCAACUAUUUGAGAAAUUGUACAAACACAUAUUAGAAAAUACUAGAAUAGUGCAUUUGUAUGGACCAGCAGAAACGACCAUUGAUUGUACGUAUCACUGUGUCGAUAUGCAACUCGAUAAAUCAAGUGCGCCAAUUGGUCGCUUACUUCCUAACUAUACUUGUAUGGUCUUAGACGAGCUUUUACAACACGUUCCCAUCAAUCGAGAUGGUGAAUUAUAUGUUGGAGGUAUUGGUGUCUUUGCUGGCUAUUUAAGACAUAGAGAGUUGACAGGAAAAGCACAAUUAUCGAUCAAUGGCCAGAUAUUUUAUCGAACAGGUGAUCUAGCUACUGUGGAUAAUAAUGGCCUUCUUCAUUACCGAGGGAGAAAAGACUAUCAAGUCAAAUUGUAUGGGCAGCGGAUUGAACUGGAAGAAAUCGAAAAAUGCUUGCUGAACACAUCUAUUUCUGCUUGUAUUGUUACGAAAUGGAAUGAUAGUCAGCUGAUUGCUUAUGUCCAAAGCUCUACAAUCGAUGACAAUCAAAUACGGAAACACUGUCAGACUUAUUUACCGUCCCACAUGAUUCCAUCUAAAUUCAUCAUUCUUGAACAACUACCAUUAAACGCCAACGGAAAAGUAGAUCGGAAACGGUUGCCAGCACCUCACGACUUCAUUCAGUCUGAUAACUGCACUAGUGGCACAGUACCAGUAACACCCUUGGAAGAACAUUUGUGUCGUAUUUUUAGCGAAGCAUUUCACAAUAAUUCACCUGACGUAAAUAUGUCAUUUGGCCAGAUGGGUGGCACAUCACUAGAUGCUAUAAAAGCGCUCUGGCUUAUACGAAAAGAAAUUUCUGGUAAAAUUGAUGCCGUCACAUUAUUUUCAAAUCCAACAGUUCGACAACUCGCUCAAGCUAUUGAACUAUCGGUUAUCAAAUCAGACGAAACAUCUAUAAAAUCGGAGAUUGUAGAGUCUAUCAACGAGAAGGAAAGACCUAAACCGUCCUUGUGUAUUGAGAUAAUAGGCAUUCUUUUGAUUGUAACUCAUGGAUUAUGCCCUCUAUGGUCACUUUAUUACUUCAACUUGCCUACUGCUCUUAUUUUCAUUCCUGUCUUUCAUCUUUUAUCGUACGUUGUUUGUCAGCGUUUGAUGUUUCUUCCACAAGGGAUUAUAAAUCAGAAAGAUAAACUUUAUUCCUGGCGAUACUAUCGUUGGUGGUUUUUAAAUAGUUUAUGGUUAACAAAUAAUUCCUAUUGGUUGCACCACAUAAUAGGAACACCAUUCUACAAUUUUUAUUUACGAUUAUGUGGAGCUAAAAUUGGACGUCAUACACAUAUUUACACAACGUUGAUCGACGCACCUUGGUUGAUUGAGAUCGGUGAAUCAACAUUUAUCGACGAAGAAGUUAUAUUUUCAAAUUUAUCUUAUCAAGAUCAUACUUAUGAACUUUAUCCAAUCUAUAUUGGAUCGUGUUGUUCUGUUAAUACACGCAGUGUACUAUAUGACAAAGUGAUUAUUGAAGAUCAUGUCUAUGUAGAACCAAUGUCUGCCGUUACAGGCCGUCUUGUAGCGUCCUCUGACCGAAUAGUUAUAAAAGAUCGGUCAAUAUCGAUGAAUCAAACAAUAUAUCAGUUUAUUCACCUGGCUGGCCUUUUCCUUGUUCAUAAUAUACUUUUAUUUUCAGCAUAUGGUGUUUACCACUGUUUUGUUAUAAUGUCAUUACCAUUGCCUAUUCGACUUACAUUAACUUGGUUCAUUUGGAUAUUAAUGUGCAUUUCUACUGCACUGCUUUUAUUAAAAUUUUUAGUGGGUCCCAUUGAUACUGGACAUUACCAACUUAAUUCCUACUAUUAUCUUCAUAAAUCGUGGCUGCGUCAAUUGAUUAUAACAUCAUUUUCUCAUUCACUAGAUCGUGUGCCAGCGUACGAAGCUUUUGCGCCCGUUAUUUUUCGGUGGUUAGGUGCUCGUAUUGAAAAUGAUGUUAAAUUCAGUGACUUUCGAAAAAUAUUAUAUUUUCCAUCAAAUCUUUUUACUGUUGGCAGUGGUGUCACAACGUUUUUAGAAGCUAAACUUCAUCCCUAUGAAAUGACAAGGGAGGGCCUUUGUUGUUUUGAUCGUAUACAUCUUGACACAAAUACAACCCUUGGUAAUUGGUGUACAAUCAUGCCUGGUGCACAAGUUCCAUCUGAAAUUAUAAUUAGUAGUCUUUCUUUAGUAACACGAGAAACAGUUAGUCGGGAUACUAAGAAGGUGCUCCUCGGUAUUCCAGCUCUUGACUAUUGGAUAUUCUUUAUGCCAUAUCUGUCAGGAACACAAUUGCUCGUGUUCGUGUUCCGUAUUAUGGGCGCUAAAAUUGGAUGUGACGUCAUUCUGAAUGGUAUAUUAUGUAUUACUGAUCCUUUUCUUACAACAAUAGGCAAUCAUGUUCGCCUACAUAUGGGUACGCAUAUUUUGUGUCAUUCAUUUGAACAACGGUUGAUGAAAUUCGCUCGCGUCACUGUCAAUGAUUCUGCCGUACUUAUGAGUCGUACAGCAAUAUUUUCUGGAGCAACACUUGGCGGCAAAAAUCGUAUUUUACCACUGACGCUUGUGAUGAAAAAUGACCAACUAGAACAUAAUACAAAUUGGUCUGGUGUACCGGCACAAAAAGUUAAAUGA